GUCUUGUAACAGUCAGUUUGUCGCAUUUUCAGUUUUGUUACCUAAUCACAUUUAUUCUAAAUCACAAACUCAAAUAUGGUCAUCAAUAUUGGCAUCAAUGGAUUCGGUCGUAUUGGACGUCUGGUAACGAGAGCGGCCCUCGGACAUGAUGGCGUGAAAAUUGUUGCAAUCAACGAUCCAUUCAUUGAUCUUGAAUAUAUGGUUUAUAUGUUCAGAUACGAUUCAACCCACGGUCCCUUUAAAGGAGAUAUCAAGGUUGAGGGUGGGAAAUUGAUCAUCAAUGGAAACGCCAUAAACGUAUACGCCGAAAAAGAUCCAUCAAAAAUUCCAUGGGGUACAGCAGGAGCUGAUUUCGUAGUCGAGUCAACUGGAGUAUUCACAACUUUAGAGAAAGCCGGUAUGCAUUUGAAGGGUGGUGCAAAACGUGUCGUCAUCUCUGCUCCAUCUGCCGAUGCUCCCAUGUUUGUAAUGGGUGUUAAUGAAGAAAAAUAUGACUGUGCCACCAUGAACAUAGUGAGUAACGCGUCUUGCACAACCAAUUGCUUGGCCCCUCUUGCGAAAGUCAUUAACGACAACUUUGGAAUAGAAGAAGGUCUCAUGACCACUGUGCAUUCAUACACAGCAACGCAGAAAACUGUUGAUGGGCCGAGUGGAAAGUCAUGGCGGGACGGUCGAGGCGCAGCGCAGAAUAUCAUCCCUGCAUCCACGGGAGCGGCCAAGGCCGUAGGAAAAGUUAUUCCGGAGUUGAAUGGGAAAUUAACUGGUAUGGCGUUCCGAGUACCAACUCCAAAUGUUUCGGUUGUCGAUCUUACCUGUCGACUUAAGAAGGGAGCAAGCUAUGAUAAGAUCAAAGCAGCCGUCAAAAGUGCGUCGGAAUCUGGGCGUUUGAAAGGAUAUCUUGGAUACACCGAAGACAAGGUUGUCUCUACCGAUUUUAACGGCGAUACUCGCAGCAGUAUAUUUGAUGCUGGUGCUGGAAUCGCUCUCAACGAUAAUUUCGUGAAGCUUGUUUCUUGGUAUGACAACGAGUUCGGUUACAGCAACCGCGUGGUAGAUCUCAUCAAAUACAUGGCGAGCAAGUAAUUUUGAUUCAUGGUUGAAUUUAUUGAAGUCAUUAAUCGCAGCAACAUUUUCAAUGUUUUUGAUCUGAAAGCAAGUAUUUUUGAUUUCUGUACUGCAGUUCCGUUCUCCCAAUAUAAGUUCAGUCUUUUUUCUCGUUUAAGACCGUAUAUUUAAUUAGCGUGUUCGUAUUAGCUGAAAUAAACAAUAUUAUUAUUGUC